AUGACAAUUGCUAGCCUUCUAAAUUCUCUCGCCGUUGUUGGAUUUAUUGUUUCCAUUGAUCAAAAUAUAUGGGAAGCGAGAACUCUUUUGUCUCUUGGUUGUAGGUGGAGUAUCGGGGAUGGUAGUAGCAUUCCAAAUGCUUCGCUUAUUCGUGGUUUGUUUGAUGUUGUUGAAGCGGCCGAUAUUCUUCAAGUUCCCUUACUUGAAGAGGUGAGUGAUGAUAAGUGGAAUUGGAAAGAGGAGCAGAAUGGGGUGUAUAGUGUUCGGUCGGGUUAUAGGUUUUGGAGGAAGGAGUAUUCCCGUCCAGCGUGUGUUGGUGUGGAUAGGGGAUGGAGUGGAGGAUUCGUGGCGUGUUUUCUUCGGUUGUUUGGUUACAAAGCGAUGUUGGCAGGCUGCAGUUUGUCCCAUAUUAUUGAUCCCCGUACUUCUAUUUUCCAUGAUGUUACAUCUUUUAUUCUUGAUAUUUGUAGUAGGGAGGAUAUGGUGACUGCGGGUAGAGUAGCGGUUAUGAUUGAUUUUUUGUGGAAAAACCGGAAUAAUUUGAUUUGGAAUAAUGAGAGUGAUGGGUACUCUAAACUUGGUUUGAAUGUUUUUUGUAGUUGGAAUGAAUGGUUCAUGGCGCAGGGAAGUGGGGGUCAGUUUGAUAGAAACCGGCCGAAUUUGGUGUGGGAACCACCGGUGGAAGGGAGGAUCAAAUGUAAUGUGGAUGCGGGCUUUAAUUCGUCUAGAGGUACUACCAAUAGGGACUGGUGUAUGAGAGACUUCCGGGGGAGUUUUGUUUGUGCGGGUGCAGCUUGGGAUUUUUGUCAUUAUCCUAUUCUUGAAGCAGAAGCUCUAGCCCUUAAAGAGACUAUUCAUAGUGCUAUCAAUUUGCAGUUGGAGAGUGUUAUCUUUGAAAGUGACUCCCAAAACACGGUACAAGCUAUUCUUUCUAAUCAUAAGGGAUGCUCGGAUUUUAGUUCUAUUAUUUCGUCUAUUCAUGUUUUGUUGCUUAAUUUUCCCAACUUCGAGGUGAAGUUUGUAAAACGUCAAGCGAAUUCGGUUGCUCACGCCAUAACAAAGGCGGCCGAUUCUUGA